AUGGAGAGCUCUAGCACUUCCGACCAUAGGGCGAUCAUCGCUUCCAGUUCAACUCCUCGCAAGACGUACAACAUUGUCGCAGCCACGACUGGCCUGGUGGUGUUCGCCUUCCUGGCGUACGCACUCACUCAGAUAGUGGUGAAGCUGAGUGCCAACAAGCACAGAACCCUGAGCCUUUAUUACGGGUCCGGUCUUGUACACGGCGGCACACUGCUCAACGUGAUGGACCGUGGCGUGGUGCAGUACCUGAACCUCCGUUACGCUAAGGUACCGGAACGCUUCGGUCCUUCCGUGCCGUACCAGGCGAAGCUGAUCGGCGACGAGAUGCAGGACCAUCCGCAGCCGUGCGUCCGCGGCGCUUACAGCGCGUUCCCGUCGCACCCGUUUCCUAUGUCGGAGCAGUUCGAGGACUGCCUCUUCCUCAACGUGUGGACUCCGCUCAGAGGAAAAGAUGACGACGACAUUUCGCCAAAGCCCGUCGUAGUCGUUCUCGUGGGCGGCAACUUUGUGUCUGGAGGAAGCGGCGACUACGAGCUGUUCGAUGGAUCGGUCAUGGCCUCCCUCUGGAACCAGGUGAUAGUUAUCCCGAACUACCGCGUCGGUAUGCUGGGUUUCUACACGACAACUGGCGAUAACACCACCCGAGACGCUGGCUUAGCCGACCAGGUCUUGGCACUAGAUUGGGUGCGCACGCACAUAUCAGACUACGGCGGCGACCCGAAGAAGGUCACCCUCUUCGGCCACGAGGCUGGCGCCACCGCCGUGGGCCUGCAUCUCUCGUCUCCGACGAGCUCGGCGCUCUUUCACCGAGCAAUACUGCUGAGCGGCUCGCCGUACCGUCUUAUGCCUAAGCACGCGGACAGCAUUAUACGCGACAUUUCCCAUGACCUUCUAUGCAGCGACGAAAUGGACGCGCCCGACACCGACCAGCACAUAACACCCUGUCUCAAGAUCAAGUCGAUACACAGCUUGCUCGAACACCAACGGUCGGCCACGCUUGGCGGCGCUGUGGCUGCUUUCAGCCCUUCACUCGGCAAGACCGGAGUCAAUCUGGACGGGGGUUCCUCGCGAGAAGAACUCGAAGGCAAAACAGAUGGCGCUGCCUUCGAGGGGCGCAAGGACAUCCUUGUCGGCACGACUGAGAACGAAGGAAGCGCCUACACUAAUGCCCUCCUCGGCUUCUACGGCGUGGAGCACGAGGAAGAUCUCGACAGAGGAACGGCCGCGCAGAUCUUGCAUACAUACUUGAAGCACCAUGGCAUCAGAAUCGACGAGGCGAUUCUGGAGACCUUUCUGCAGCGCGAUGAAUCCAGCAGCGUCGUACGCACCCUGUCAGGCGCUAUUGGAGACUUCGUUGUGCACUGCCCGCUGAAGCGGUUCCUGGAGAGCUACAUGCGAGGCGCGCGGAGGCGGUUCGCCCCCGCCAACGUCUACGUCUAUUACUUCCGGCACGUUCCGGACUUCCGCUGGUGGCCGUACUGGAUGGGCUCGCCUCAAAUGCUCGACUGGAUAUACCUGUCGGGAAAUCUCCAGGGGCUGCGCUCGGACAAGAUAAACAUUGGGGACACGGAGAUUCUCCUCUCCAAGAAGCUGGCCAGUUUAUUGUCCUGCUUCGCGCUGACAGGUAAUCCGGAGAAGUGCACCCGUUCGCCAUUGGCACACUGGACGAAGGCGACCGACAGUAAGCUCCGCACCCUGGUUGUGGAAAAUGCCACGACGCUGGAGAUGCGGGAAGGGCUGCCAUUUGGCGACGCCUGUAAAGACUGGGACGCGGUCAUCGCGAACUCCUCCGUUGGUGCCGCGACGACUCACAAUUCCGCUAUACGAGUUCUGAAUGCCACCCGGAUACAGCUGCAGCAACUGCAGUGGGAAGACAAAGAGGGGACGAGCAACACGAGUCAUCGCGGAGAUACUCCGCCACUCGCCAUCACUCGACUCGCCAUCAGCGGACGCCGAGUUCCUAUGUGGGCGAAUUACCUCGCCGGAUUUAUUAGGGACAACAACCUGGAGCACUUAAACUGGAGCAGUCUUGACCAGGGGCGUCAGAGACGGCCCUUUUCGUGA